AUUGUUCUCGCGCUUGCUUCCCGCCGCCACCGUCCUGACUUCAAGACGUAGUACUCCCUCAGAAUAGCGCCUCCACUAUGCCCGUCGGCAUUGAAGCAUGGUUCCUCCAGAUACCUCCAAUCACCCGAUGCUGGGUCGCUUUAGCAGUCGUGACCAGCAUCGCCGUGCAAUCACAGAUGGUCACUCCCUUGUCGCUAUACUUUAGUCCGCGCAGUGCUUUUGUGAACGGGCAGUUAUGGCGAGCUGUCACGAAUUUCUUCUACUUUGGCUCGUUAUCCUUGGACUUUGUGUUCCAUUUGUUCUUCUUCAUGCGCUAUAGCCGCAUGCUCGAGGAAUCAUCCUUUGCAAAUCGUAAAGCAGACUACUUCUGGCUCCUCCUCUGCUCCUCCGUCAUGCUUCUCGCCCUCUCCCCCCUCUUCAACCUCCCCUUCCUCUCCGCCUCACUCGCCUUCGUGCCCAUCUACGUUUGGUCCCGCCGACACCCCCUCCUCCCCAUCUCGCUCUUCGGGCUCGUCACAAUAACCGCGCCCUACCUCCCCGUCGCCCUCAUCGCGAUCUCGUGGCUCCUCAACGGCUCGUUCAAGGCCGUCAUCGGGGACUUCGUCGGCUGCGCGGUCGGCCAUGUCGCGUGGUUCUUGCGGGAUGUGUGGGCGAGGGAGAUGGUGGGCGGAAGUACGGUUCUGACAGUUGCGCCGGAGGCUUUGUGAGCGUUCAUAACUGAUGCGGAGGGUUAUUGAAGGCUGACGAGGUUGACAGAAAACGUCUAUUCGGCGACGCGUUCUGAGGGUACGGACCGGGGGAUGUACUAACACUGUACUAGUAUAAUAUGGAUGCUGUCGAUUGCUUCCCUGUCCUUGUUUGCUUUGGGUCGAUGCCCUUCUUGACUUGCUUCGCGUGC